UACAGUGAGGCUGUUUAUGAGCUCAAGAAAACCAUCAUCCAAACUUUGGGAAGUUGUGAGUCAUCUGCAAAUAAUAUCUUGGAGUUUACAGAGUGGAUGAAAAGCCUGUGGAAUGCAGUAAAGCACGAAAACUUCAUCUUCAGCUUCAGAAACAGCCUAGUGGCUGAUGCAUACAUGAGACUGUGCACAGAAUUCAACAAAUGGGAAUGGGAAUUCAAAAAAGAAAUGUAUACAUGGGUGACAGAAGCUGAAACUAAAAUUUCCAACUUUGGCACAGUUGCUUUGGAAUCUGAGAUAUCUGACAUGGAACAAUAUCUCCUUCGUUUGAAAAGUGAAGCGUGCACAGUGCUGUCUAAAUGGGAGACAAAGAUUCUUGAAAAUCUGGAAAAGUACUUCAAGCAAACAGAGGGUCAUGUCUAUCUAGUUGAAGGAUACAGAGAGGACUUUGCAAACAGUGCAAAGAGUCUUCGACGAGGAAUGGAAAACUCUGUGUUUAAUCAGCUCGAAGCAGCAGCUGACAUCAGACGAGGAAUGACAGAAAUUGACAGAAUCAAAGAGAACCACACAAAAGAAUUAGAAGGGAGAGUGUGUGCAUUGAUUGAGAAAUGUCGGGGGAAAAAAGUUGAGAUGACAGACAAGGAGCUUGACACAGAAUUUGAUAACAUGUGGAAUAAAACAGUGAAUGAAUUAUCGUUUUCUGAGCAAAAGACCACAGAUGUCAUUGCAAUGGUGUCCCUCUGCCUGAGAGAAAAUCUGAAAUGUAAGGGGAGUCAUGCAUGUGAAUUAUUAAGUCAAAAAAGCCUGCAAGAUUGUGGACUGGUGCCUUUCAAAUCUACAGUGGAAGGAUUUUACAAGCAGUUUAAACACAAACUCAGCAAGUUCUUCAACAUUGAAGAACAUGUCAAAGCUUUAGAAAAAAUAGCUGUCAGCAUCAUAGAUGCUUGCACACAGUUUGUGACUGACAAAAUGGAAAGGAAAAACAAUUACCAUGACACUUACAUCCAGGAGAUCCUACACAUUAUUGACGAGAGGCUGCAAAACAGUCAGGAUGUAAAGAAUAUAGAGAUUGAGUUUGAAGUUUCUCUGAAACAGCACAUCUGUGGAGUUGCAGCCAGACAGUUUCAGAAAAUGCAAAAAGAUUUCCUACAUGUGAAUGAUCCCUACAGAUGUCUCAAUCAAAACAAAGAAAAGUUUCGUGCUGAUUUCAAAGAUGUGUUCCAUAAACGAGACCAGUGCCAGAAGAAGGCAGAAGAAUUCACAGAGCGCUGUUUGAGGCCUGCAGUUGAAGACUUUGUCAACCGUUCCUUGGGUCCUGAUAUCACUGGUGAAAUGCAGACAAGCUUCGAGUUCAGCACACGAAUGUUCUUCCAGUAUUCCAUUUUACUGGAUCUGCUCUCAAAGAAUGACUUUGACAAGUAUCUGAGCUAUAUUUGCUCAUAUGAGGAUUAUGUAAAGGAAUGGAUACUUGGCCGCAUUGUGGAACACCUUUCAAAUGGGUCUAAGAUGUUUGAGUUUGAGGAUAAACAUCUCCAGUCAAGUAUCAGGAGCAUAAAUGAUGCUAUCAACAAAGCUAAAACAGAGAAGAGUGGCAACUUGAAGACAUUUGUGAAAAAUGUCUGUCAAAAACUUGGUGAUAAACUGGUUAUUUCCCAGGAUGCUCUUGGUGCUUUCAUGAUCCUGAACAAUGCCAACCAGGAACAGUUUGCUCACUGGCUCACUGAGUGUGUGAAGGACAUGGAACAAACUCUUAGAGAGAAUUUUAAAGAAACAAACAUCCAAAUGAAACUACAAGCUCUUCAUGUGAAGCCUCAGAACGAGCUUUUCACCAAACUGAUUGGAUGUGGUAAACAGUGUCCGUUCUGCAAAGCUCCUUGUGAGGCAGGAGGAACAGAACAUAAAGAGCACCGCACUUCACUACAUCGGCCACAGGGUCUGGGUAUAACCAGGUGGGAUGGGACAGACAAACUUGUCACUGACAUAUGCACUUCCUCAGUGAUCAGUGAUGCGUGUUUUCACUGCUUUGCCACACAAGGUGAUUGGUACCCUUACAAGAGUUACACAGAUAUUUUCCCAGACUGGAGAAUUGCUCCAGAUAGAAGUCUUCAGGCAUCAGACUACUGGAAACAUGUACUGGCAAAGUUCAACAAUGAGUUUGCUAAAGCAUAUAAUGCAAAACCUGCUGAUAUUCCUAAAAUUUGGAAAAAAAUCACAGAUAAGAAGGCAGAAGCGAGUCUCAAAGAGUCAUUUAACAUCAAGUGAAAAUACCAACCUUCUCCUUGCUUUCCUUGAGUGUACAGAGGUACCCAUCCUCCUUUCAUGGAUAUUUUCAUCUUGUCACUACAGUUAAACAUUUUACCAUCAAAGAUUCACAAUAGGGAUGGCAGAAACAAAAUCACUGCAAAUGCUGCUCACCUUGAUUGUAGAUUGUGAUAAACGUGUGUAAUCAAAAUAAUCUGCUUCCACUGUAUGUUAAUGUUGACCUCAUCAACAUUUUUAAAUACUCU